AACCGCCACAAUGGAAACCAUCCAGGUUGCCAACACUGCUUUUGCAGUUGACGUAUUCAAAAAGCUGAGUGAGAACGAUAAGCUGGCCAAUAUUAUUUUCGCUCCCCUGUGCACUUCGACUUCUCUGGCUCUCGCGUACAAGGCUGCUAAGGGGGACACAGCGGACCAAAUGAAGCAGGGCCUUCAUCUAGAAGACGUUAAAGAUGUUCCCUUUGGCUUCCAAACACUAACAGCGGAUACCUCCAAGCUUAGUUCUUUUUAUUCACUGAAAAUGGUCAAACGGCUUUAUGUGGAAAAGUCCCUAAACCCAACUACGGAAUUUACCAGUGCCGUCAAAAGACCCUUCCCAUCAGAAUUGGAGCUGGUUGAUUUUAAAGACAAAACAGAGGACACCAGGCUACAAAUCAACAAAUCUGUUUCCGACUUAACUGAUGGUAAAAUGGAGAAUAUUUUGGUCGAGGGGACUGUCAAUGAUGAGACAAAGAUCAUUCUGAUAAAUGCAGCCUAUUUUACAACAAACUGGAUGAAGAAAUUCCCUGAGGAGCAAAUCAAGGAAUGUCCCUUUAGAAUAAACAAGACUGAAACCAAACCAGUGGAGAUGAUGAACGUGGAAGCUACAUUUUGCCUUGGGUACAUAAAUGAUUUGAAAACCAAGAUUCUGGAACUCCCCUGUCAUAACAAGCACAUUAGUAUGCUCAUCUUACUACCUAAAGAUAUUGAGGAUGAUACUACUGGCUUGGAACAGCUCGAGAAAGAGCUCACUCCGGAAAAGCUGCAACAGUGGAUCAAUCCCAGCACAAUGGCCAACGCAAAAGUGAAUGUGUUUCUUCCCAAAUGCAAAAUUGAAGGGGAGUACGAUUUCAAGCCUAUUUUUGAAAGCCUUGGCAUGACUCACAUGUUUCAAGAGGAUGAAUCCGAUUUCUCCGAAAUGUCAGAGACCAAAGGGGUGGUUCUGUCACGGGUCAUCCACAAAGUCUCGCUGCAAGUAGAAGAAGAAGGGGCAGAUUCCCGAGACGUGCCCGGAUACCGGAUCCUACAACACAAAGACGAAUUUAAAGCUGACCAUCCAUUUAUCUUCCUCUUUAGGCACAACAAAACUCGUAGCAUUGUGUUUUUUGGCAGAUUCUGUUCUCCGUAAGCAUGAGAAAAUCCAGAUUUAUAAAUAUAUAUAUAUAUAGUUUCCCUUUUUCUAUAAACCUUAGAAACCCAAGUAUUAAAUUCUGAAAGAUAUCCUAAAGAUGUUUCCUUGUUCAAGUAGGAUGUAUGAUUUCAUAUGAUGCUCUUGUUCACACUAGGCAUUC